AUGUCCUCCCCCUACCCUGCCCCUUCUUCUCCCCUCCAAAACAUUCCAUACCCCUCCAUAAACCCCCCGGUUGCCUACAAUCACGCCCAUCCUUACAGCCACUCUCCCAACAACUACUAUCGUCAGCCAGCCCAUCCCCAACAACAACAGCCAUACUACAAUCGUUAUCCGCAAGAGUAUCCGGGUUAUAAUGGAUACCCUGGAGCCGGGGGUUACGGCUACAUGCCUAUGGGAGCGGGCGGUCCCGGGCCAGCGACCAUGCAGAAUGGUUACGCAGCGUAUGGAGAGUAUGGGAUGGUAUAUGGAGGGUACGGGGGAUAUCCCGAGUAUGCGCCUCCUCCAAUGAGGCAGCAGCAGCAGCCAGGAAAUGGGUCGCCGAUGAACGGGGACGAGGGCAGUGAGCAUUCGAUACCGUUUCCCGAGACACCUGUCCCUCCUGGUUCCACUCCUCAACCGCCCCAGGCGAUACCCAACAUGGGCCCCAUUCCGGCUCAACAGUUCCCUCCCUACCCUGCCAACCAUCCUUACGCUUUCGGCGGAGGCGUAGGCUAUCAGCAACACCCUGCACAUAUACCCACUUUCCGGCCCCAUCCCCAACACCCGCAACAGCCUCCCCACCCCCACCAGGCGCCAUACUACCCUUAUAAUGAGUCUUAUGCGCCCUUACCCUCGGGUCUUGCCCAGGGGCAAGGGCAGGGAGGAGGCAAGCUGAAUCCUGCCGCAGCGGGGUUCAAGUACCAGCGCUUCAACCACAUGAACGGGAAUGGGGAGAGGCAAAUCCGGCCGAACCACCACAACGGACCCACGUUUGGGAAUGCGGGGUUGCCCAAUGGGUACGGGAAAGGCCCAAGACCACCUACUCAGGCGACUCCGUCAGCAUCCCCAGUGGUCACGGCUCCUCCCUCUGAAGUCUCCUCUGCACCUGCACCCCCUUCUGUACCACCCGCCACUUUGCCACCGCCACCCGUAGAAGAAAAAGAAAAAGAAAAGAGCGAGGAGAUCAAGCAGGUUGACGGAGCGCGCACGGACCCCCUUCUUCCACCCGCGGCUUCUUCGGCGACACCCGCUGGGCCCGCUUCCUUGAACUUUCUUACAUCUUCUCUUUCCCCGCCUCCCGCAGAACAAUCCAAGAUGGAAGAGCCCACGCUGGUCGAUGCGAGACCUAGUGUGCAGAGCGAGGGCAAUACCUGGGCGCGAGUGUUGAAGGAUGGGAGCGGCAGGAAAGUGCUCAAGCGGGCCGUGAGGGGAGCAAAGACGGAGACCAAGGCGUUGUGGAGCACGGAGACACAGGGCGAUAGAACACCCGAGCUUUCAUUCGGGGAGAUCGAUCCGGAGAAGAAGGAGGAGGCAGUAAAGGCUGUGCCGGAGGUGAAGACCGAGACAAAGGUUGAGUCAGCCAAGGAGCCGGAGACAGUGGAGGUUGAAGAGGUCGAGGAAAAACCCGUCCAGGCGCCGGCACCUAUCGCGGAGCCCCAGACUAAAACUGUCGAGAAGUCAGAGCCUGAAGUCGCCCCUACUCCUCCUACAGCCGCUACCCCUGCCCCUGCCUCUACUCCCGUUGCCCCUCCCAAGCCCAGAUCUUGGGCUGCACUCCUCCAACCUUCCACACCUUCCGCCUCUACAACACCCUCUAAAACCACUUCCCCGUCCAAAGCUCCUUCGCCUAAUGACGGCCCGGCCCCGGCUGGUCCACAGCCAGCUCAGCCGGCGGCGCCCAAGUUUAGCUAUGCGGGCGCUGCUUCGUCGAGUAUCCCGUCGCCUCACGAGAUGCUUAUCAAACUUUUGAGCGAGGGAGUACCGAGUAAGGGAGGCAAGAGAGAAGGAGCAUUGGUACCGAGAGGUCUUAUCAACACUGGCAACAUGUGCUUUGCCAACACUAUCCUGCAAGUCUUGGUCUAUUGCCCACCAUUUACCGAGCUGUUUGAAGAAUUCGGCAAAAGACUUCAGGCAGAUCUGGCGAGGAAGACACCUUUGCUGGAAGCUAUGAUCGUCUUCCUUCGAGAGUUCCUUGUGGCCCCCACUCCCGCGGACGCGCCCAAGCCCAAGGGUAAGGGCAAGGAGAUGAACAAGCAGAAGGAGGCAUUCAUUCCCGAGAACGUUUACGAUGCUAUGAAGGAGAACAAGAGGUUUGAUACCAUGCGACGUGGUCACCAAGAAGACGCCGAAGAAUACCUCGGCUUCUUCCUCGACACUAUUCACGAGGAGAUCCUCUACCUCCUCUCCCGUGCCCAACCGCCCAAGCCGACUUCCCCUGCUGCCAACGAAGAGGUCGAGCAGGCCACAAGCCCUCUUGGUGAAGGCGUCGACGGCUGGCUCGAGGUUGGCAAGAAGCAAAAGACACAUGUUGUCCGCAACACUGGGUCGAAGGAUUCGGCGGUCUCCAGAUUGUUUGGCGGCAAGCUGCGAUCUGUGCUGCAUACUCCUGGGCAGAAAGACAGUGUAACUGUCGAGCCCUACCAACCCCUGCAGCUCGAUAUCCAGGCCCCCCAAAUAACAUCCAUCAACGACGCUCUCCUCGCACUCUCAACCCCGGAGAUCGUCCCCGGUGUUUGGAGCGCGAGCAGGAAGGAGAACGUGGAUGCGACCAAGACGGUGUAUGUAGAGGAGUGGCCGAGAGUAUUGAUCUGCCAUUUGAAGAGGUUUGUGUAUGAUGCAAAGGAGGGCGGUGUCGUGAAGCGAGGAAAGGCGGUGGCCUAUGGAAGCGAGUUGGUUGUUCCCCAGGAAAUAAUAUCCCCAUCCAAACGAUCACCUACCCCCACAAAGUACGCCCUCUUCGGUGUCGUCUACCACCACGGCUCCUCGGCAUCUGGCGGUCAUUACACCGUUGCCGUUUCCAAACCGCCAGCCCCUCCCGCACCUGUCCCACAAUCUGCCAUUCCAGGUCAGAUCCCUGCGCAGAAGAAGGACGAGCGACCGUGGAUCCACUUUGACGAUGAGCAAGUGAGGGAAGUGAAGGAGGAAGAGGUCGUCGUCAGUAAGGAUGAAGUGGAGGAGGGAAGGUGUGGGCUUGUGGGCGGAAGGGAAAAGUGUGCUUAUCUCCUCUUCUACCGAAGAAUCCAAUAA